AAGCCUGCACAAGACCACUGCUUGCACACUUGCUAGAGAAACCAGGGAAAGAGGACACCCUUCAAAGUAUGGUAAGGUGUGGAGGACCUCUAGGAGCUGUCUUGAUAAAAGAUAGCCAUGAACAGUCAAUUUAAGUUACCAUAUUACACAGCCCAAAGCAGCCCUGCGAUGGGUAUGUUUAAUACUUCCAUGGGGAAACUGCAGCAACAACUGUACAAGGGGGAGUACAGUAUAUUCAGGUAUGCACCAAUGUUUGAGAGUGACUUUAUACAGGUCAGCAGAAAAGGAGAAGUGAUUGAUGUGCACAACCGUACCCAAAUGGUGACUGUGGGCCUCGUUUGCACCAGCCCCCACCUCACACUACCUGAUGUCAUGGUGCUGGCCCGACCAGCUGCUGUGUGUGAUGACUAUAACAGAUGUGGCCCAGCUAUCCACGAAAAAGGUUACAAGCCUACACAGAUCUUAGAGCUAACCAGGCUGCUUCCCUUGAAGUUUGUAACGCUAUCCAUUCAUAAUGGUAAAAAACAACAGCUCCGCCUAAAGCUUGCCACUGGCCGCUCUUUUUACCUUCAGCUGUGCUCCCCUUCUGACACAGGAGAUCUUUUUAUCCACUGGGAAAACCUCAUUUACAUUCUGAGACCACCACUAGGGGCUUACAGCGAUUCCCAGACCAUCCCAUUUGGGAACAAACUGGACAUAACUGGGUUUGGAAAGGAGGACAAGAACCCAGAGGCAAAUGUCAUUCAUUUCUAUGGAAGAGAUCAAGAUCAAGUUGGCAUCAGGAGUCUUCACAUGAACCCUAAAGUGUUUGGGACCACCUGUUAUGCUGGGGAGGAAUGAAUUAAUCAAGCCUCCCACACAUACUGCAUUUAAGAGUUCACAUACUUCUGCAGUAACAAAGCCUACAGUACCCGAUAAAAGGGCAGGGAUGGCAACAGGAGGAGCUAGAAUAGCCAUACUGGGUGGAUUCAACAUGUUUUAAUAAUGUUGUUAGCAAGGGCUACAGCCCUUCUUGUCCUCAGAUGGUGCUUCCAGCACAUCAGUAGGAGCUACUGGCUCCUUCCUAGAGGGCAGCAUAAAU